AUGCCCUCCUACUCGGACUGGCUAUUUAACCAGGGCAUCUCAUUCACAUUGAAGGCAACAAUUCACUUCAAUUUCACCAGAGUCAAUAUAUCCAGAAUAUUCUACAUCUUUAAAUUCGUCACAGAUUGCUCGCCACAAUCUGAGGUCAUGCCCGACUCGAGGGACUUUGUCACUUUCCCCGAAACUAAGGGCGAGUGGGCUAUCAAAGCUAGUGAAUAUGACUUGAAAGAUGCAAGCAUUCACAGUAAAAUUUGUGAUUCAGCAUCAAAGAUUAGCGAGGAGCAGUAUCUCUUACUUCGGAGUUUCUGGGUGCUACGGUCGAAAGACAAACCCGAGAACUUGGCAAUAAAAACUAUCUCUAAGGCAAGCAGGUGGCUGGAGAAAUUCGAUGACUGGCAGCAAUACCUUCAAAACUUAAGCUCUCAAGCUACGACACCCGUUCCCAAUCUCGGCUCGUUUUCCUACGUUUUCUUGGCCCGAUGCCAGGUGACGAGACUCCCAGAGGAAUAUGAUGCAGAGGAAGAAGAUAAAAAUGUGAAUUUUAGCCCGAUAGCGCAUCGGCUUCGAUCGUCUGACAACAAACCUAUUCCAGAUGACUAUCGUCAGAGCCCUGCAAAACUAGCUGGAGAGAAAAGGGGAGUGGACCAGACACUGGACAAGAACAAAUUCAUUGAGGCGAUGAAGAAAGUGACCUCUGGCAAAGUUGGUGGAAAUGAUAGUUCUAGUGGAAAUACUAAAGGUAAAGAGAAAGCGGAAGAUGCCCUUCCUGAAGAGUUUGGAAAUCUUCAAAUUAGGGAAGGCUCCCUGGAGUUCUUGGCAGGGUCAUCAUGGUCUAGCAGCAGCGAAGAGCCCCAGGGACAGGGGAACUCACCGUAUGGGAUGAGCCCCAAUUCCCUUCGCAAGGCUUUUCCUAAGGUAGAGGAUGAACAAAUUGUCAACGGCUUCUUAAUUGCGUUCCUUGCAACACUAUGUAUGCAUCACCCGGAGGUCAAGCUUGAGUGGUCGCCCGUCCGGAAAGCAUUUAAAUUCGGAAAAGUUGAUAACCCAGCCGGUGGUGAGAGAUCCUUUCUUUUCGAAGCAAGGACAGAUGGCCACUUGUGCCAGCCAAUACUGAAAAAGACGGACGUGCAAUCCGCGAUGAUUGUCGAGGUCAAGCCAACCCUCCGAGCUUACAGUAAUCGAGUCAUAUAUCAAGCCACUGCCCAAAUGGCUGCUUGGAUAUAUAAGGAGCCGGAUGAGUCGACCUCUCAAGGGCCAUACCGACGCGCAAUGAUUUUACAAGAACGACAAGAAAUUAGGCUUAUCAUUGCAAAGUAUGAUCGAAGUUAUAUCAAUUAUCUCCGAAAUGAGGAAGAGGCCGGUGCCAAGAGAUCAUUACUUGAGAUGCACCAGUCCCAAGCAUGGGAUAUCAGCGAUGCAAAACAUAUGCGAGAGUUUGGAAACAUCCUUCUCGCGCUUGUGCUGCAAGAUGGCAAACUGCUAGAUUAA